GCAGUGUGCUCCGAACCACGCAUUCAGAUAGUUUUGUUUUUGAGCUUUUAAAAUGCGUCUCACCCUUAGGUUGUUGUCGAUUAUUGGUCUUACGCUAAUACUUGCCUUAAUCACUAGUGCUGAAUCAUCUGGAAAGUCCCGGAAUCGAGAAGAUCGUUUUGAUUUGGAGAACGAAAGCAUUGAAAGUGGGCAAAGUGACGAUCUUUUAGAGUCAUGUAAAAGUAAAGAAAGUGCGGAGAGCUACAGCUGCCGGCAAAGGAAAACGCAGUACCCAAAGCGAAAGACUUUUCACUUUGCAAUUUAAGAAUAAUGCUUAUAAUAACGAGUUCCCCUAAAUAAAAUUGUAUUUUAUAUUUAAAUACGAGUUCACUUGUAUCCAUGA